GUUUAUAUUGUGAAAAAAAUAUAGAAAAGAUUGUUUCUUUGAAAAAGGGGAGGAUUUAAUAAAAAAUCCAGAUUAUAAAUCCCAUUUAAAUAAUGGAUCAACCGAAUGAUUACUUUCGUUAUAUCUACAGUUCAUCAUUGCACGAAUUGGUGCAAAUUAAAGUAGGCACUUUAGAAGGCAAAAAACGUCAACCAGAUUUUGAGAAACUUUUAGAAGAUCCUAUAUUACGGUUUUCCGGACUCUACUCCGAAGAAUGUCCCUCAUUUCAAGUACGUUUGCAAAUUUUCAAUCAGGGUCGUCCAUACUGUCUGCCUGUUACCACUUCCUAUAAAUCGUUUAGCAAACGUUGGAGUUGGAAUGAAUGGGUUACCUUGCCUUUGCAAUUUUCCCAUUUGCCACGUAGUGCCAUGUUGGUGCUCACCAUACUGGAUUGUGCCGGAGCCGGCCUGACGUCUGUUAUAGGUGGUACUGCAAUAUCGCUAUUCGGCAAAAAUGGUAUGUUUCGCCAAGGUAUGUAUGAUUUGAGAAUAUGGCUGGGUGUAGAGGGUGAUGGCAGUUACCCCUCCAAGACCCCCGGUAAGGGUAAAGAUUCUUCGAAAAAUCAAAUGCAACGUUUGGGUAAACUGGCUAAGAAACAUCGUAAUGGACAGAUUCAAAAGGUUGAUUGGUUGGAUCGCCUGACAUUUCGUGAAAUUGAGUUGAUCAAUGAACGUGAAAAGAGAAUGUCGGAUUAUAUGUAUUUGAUGAUUGAGUUUCCCACCGUUGUGGUAGAUGAUUGUUAUAAUUAUUCGAUUGUUUAUUUUGAACCAGAGGGAGAUAAAAAUUAUAAAUUUUUGAGUAAACCAAAAUUGGUCACCGUUCCAGAUUCAGAAAUUUUACAGGAAAACUUGGUAGAACGAAAACAUCAUCGUUUGGCCCGUUCCGAACGAUCUAGGAUUUCCGAUCGUGAUGCUAAACCCACAGCCAGCAUACGUGAUCAAUUGCACACCAUUGUGUAUCGUUAUCCACCCACUUGUGUGUUGAACAGUGAGGAACAAGAUUUAUUGUGGAAAUUCCGUUUUUAUUUAAGCUCCCACAAAAAGGCCUUAACGAAAUUUUUGAAAUGCAUCAACUGGGAAACACCAGCCGAAGUUCAGCAGGCUUUAAUUUUGCUAAGCAAAUGGGCUCCUAUGGAUGUGGAAGAUGCCCUGGAGUUGUUAAGUCCAAUAUUUAAACAUCCUCAAGUGCGUAAAUAUGCCAUAAGUCGUUUGGCUCAGGCCCCCGAUGAAGAUCUGUUGCUGUAUUUGCUGCAGCUGGUGCAAGCUUUAAAAUAUGAGAAUUUUUCCGAUAUUUUGGAAUCGCACAAAAGAUUUUUCCCCGAUCGUGAUAUAGUGCGAUCUUUGGAUGAUAAUUCCACGUUAUUCGAUCAAAGUUCUUUGUGCUCUGAACUAAGUGUGGGUGCUCAGGCUGGGGCGGUGGGAGGCGGCAGUACUUCUUCAAUACUAACAGCCACUCAACGCAACAAUUUGCAGCGUCCUAAUGUUCAAAUUGAACGAUCUUCAACCAUGCCCAUAUCUGUUAAUUCUUCAUUGGCUGAUGAAAAUGAAACUUCUAUUGGCUCCCUAACCUCCGAUGUAUCGAAUACUCUAAUGAGUGACACCAAUACCAAUGUGCAAUACUCCACUAUGGCCAAUUCUGUAACAAAUCUGGCCACAUUCCUCAUACAAAGAGCCUGUAAAAAUCCCACUUUGGCCAAUUAUUUGUAUUGGUAUUUAUCGAUUGAAGUGGAAGACCAGGAGUCUAUACGUAAACAGGAUGAGAGGGUGCAUGAAAUGUAUGACAUGGUAUUGAAAAUGUUUAUGAAAGUUUUGGAGAAUGGUAAUUUCCAUUUGCGUGGCAUCUACUAUAAUUUGAAGAAACAACAACGUUUUAUUGAUGAGUUAGUGAGAUUGGUGAAGAUUGUGGCCAAGGAAACGGGUAAUCGUAAUAAAAAAACGGAAAAGUUUCAAAAACUCUUAAACGAAACGGAUACGUUUAAAAUUAAUUUUACCAACAUUGAUCCUAUACCGUUUCCUUUGGAUCCGGAUAUUUAUAUAACGAAAAUUGUUCCCUCGAAAACGUCGCUGUUCAAAAGUGCUUUAAUGCCGGCAAAAUUAACCUUUGUCACAUCCAUUGCCAAUCAUGAAUAUGUAGCCAUUUUUAAGCAUGGUGAUGAUUUACGACAAGAUCAGCUAAUCCUACAAAUGAUCACUUUGAUGGAUAAAUUAUUAAGACGUGAAAAUCUAGAUCUCAAAUUGACCCCCUACAAAGUGCUGGCCACUAGUUCGAAGCAUGGUUUUCUACAGUACAUAGACUCCUACACGGUGGCAGAUGUGUUGGCUCGCGAAGGAAGCAUACACAAUUUCUUUCGUAAACACAAUCCCUGUGAAUCGGGACCGUACGGUAUAUUACCCGAAACCAUGGAUACUUAUAUAAAAAGUUGUGCGGGCUAUUGUGUGAUAACUUAUUUACUGGGUGUUGGUGAUCGUCACUUGGACAAUCUGCUGCUUACGACCAAUGGCAAACUGUUUCACAUUGAUUUCGGUUAUAUAUUGGGUCGUGAUCCCAAACCCAUGCCGCCUCCCAUGAAGCUAAGCAAAGAAAUGGUUGAAGCCAUGGGCGGUGUUAGUUCCGAACAUCAUCAUGAAUUCCGCAAACAAUGCUAUACCGCAUAUUUACAUUUAAGACGUCAUGCAAAUGUGGUCCUAAAUUUGUUCUCUCUUAUGGUAGAUGCUUCUGUACCCGAUAUAGCCUUGGAACCAGAUAAGGCUGUUAAGAAGGUGGAGGAAAAUCUACAAUUAGGUUUGACAGACGAAGAGGCGGUGCAACAUUUACAGGGUCUUUUGGAUAUAUCGAUAACGGCCGUGAUGCCAGCCUUGGUAGAACAGAUACAUAAGUUAGCUCAGUAUUGGCGCAAGUAGUUUGUAAGUGUUAUUUUUUAAGUAUAUAUUAUAUAAAUAUCAUAUAAUUCAUGAAAUUAUCAACAUAAAUAUAAUAAAUAUUUAAAUUCUUAAUUAUACUACACAAAAAAAUAA